UUUUUAGUCGAGCGCAGGAAGGCGCGCACCAAACUUUGGACUGUGUGUGAAUUGUUCUUUCCGCAUUUUCUCGAUUAGAAAUAACUAAACAUCAAUAUAUAGAUGUUACAGUAAAAGAGAAGAAAAAAAAACUCGUAUUAAUACAUAAACAUCAUAUGUUUUCCUAGUCACAGUACUGAAUGACACAAUAUACAUUUAAAAAAGAUUAAAAAUAGCCAAAAAAAAUUUGCAUGGUUCCUAUAUAUCCAAUCAAUUUGGAUACGUGUAUUUUUAUGUUAUUAUCGUGCUCGUGUGUGUUGAAAGAGUGCGAAAAAAUAACGUCAAGUAGUUCGCGCGAAGCAGCUUAAGAAAGCGGAAGGGAGAUAGAUAUAGUGAAAAAGAAUUGCGUGUUUUUCUGUCGAAGCAGGCGCGCGGGCGCGCGCACACGCGACACUAUAUCAUAUAUACAUAAUUUUCUUAUCCACACGUUUCCGUAAAAUUCCUUCUAUCAUAUCCCACGAAGUGUGGGUAACGUCCAAACACGAGUGGCAACAUAACUAUCGUAUCUUUAGUCUUCCCUCGACGCUCGCCAACGACGACGUCGACCGACGACGACAAGUAAAACGUCGCAAGAAAAUAGGUGUUUCACACGUAUAUAAACAUACAGUUUGUAUAUUUACAUAUAUAUGUAGCUCAUCUACAUGAAAUACAUAUAUCGUCGAAAAUUCGAUCUAACGCGAAAUGACCGAGCCGAAUAAUGAAAACAUGCAUUACACACCGCCUACCUCGGACACCAUUCAGACGAAACCAUUUCCGAUCAGAGUAAUUCAGCGCUCUUCUUCGUGUUGAUUAAAAAAUAAUAAAAGUCAAACAAAAUUCUUCCGACUUCUCGCCCCUUCAGAACACUCUUGGUAUAAGCUGCUCUUAUGGAUGGCAUUAGCGUCUUACAGUUUUUGCGGGAACGAGCAAACUUCGUGAACAAGCCCCAUGUGAUCGCAAUGGUUGGUCUUCCCGCCCGGGGCAAGACCUACAUAUCGAAAAAAUUGUGUCGUUAUCUCAAUUGGAUCGGUAUCAACACGAAAGUAUUCAAUCUCGGUGAAUACAGAAGACACGCAACGACCGCGUACAAAUGUCACGAUUUUUUUCGUCCCGACAACAUAAAAGCAAUGGCUAUAAGGACGCAGUGCGCCAUGGACGCGUUGCACGAUGUUUGUCAGUGGCUCGAGAGCGGCGAUGGUGAAGUCGCCGUUUUCGACGCAACCAAUUCGACCUUCGAACGAAGACAGAUGAUCCACGAAAUAGUCGUCAAAAAAAUGGGCUUCAAAUUGUUCUUCGUCGAGUCUGUUUGCAACGAUCCCGAAAUUGUCGAACAGAAUAUUAUGGAGGUCAAGGUGAGCAGUCCGGAUUAUGAGAAUAUGAACAAGGAGGAGGUGCUGGCCGACUUCAUGCUGCGAAUCGAGCAUUAUCAAGAGAAGUAUCAGCCCCUCGACGAGAGCAAAGAAAACGAGUUGUCGUUCAUGAAGAUUUACAACACCGGGGAAAAAGUUUUAGUACACAAGCACGAGGGACAUAUUCAAAGUCGCAUUGUUUAUUAUCUUAUGAAUAUUCACAUCGUACCGAGAACAAUUUACCUCACGAGGCACGGCGAGAGUAUGAUGAAUCUCGAGGGUAGAAUAGGCGGCGAUUCGGAUCUAAGCGAAAGAGGGCGAUCGUACGCCAAGGCAUUAGCCGAUUACAUUACGGAACAGGAUAUACAGGGACUCAGGGUAUGGACGAGCUGGUUGAAAAGGACCAUACAAACCGCGGCUGACGUCAGUGCACCACAGGAAAGGUGGAAAGCUCUCAACGAAAUAGACGCUGGUAUCUGCGAAGAGAUGACGUAUGAACAAAUUUCGGAUAAAUAUCCGACCGAUUUCGCCGCUAGGGACCAGAACAAAUUCUCAUAUCGUUAUCCACGAGGAGAAAGUUACGAAGAUCUUGUUGCCCGCCUCGAGCCCGUUAUCAUGGAGCUUGAGAGACAGGGCAACGUCCUCGUCGUCACGCAUCAGGCAGUCUUGAGAUGUCUCCUUGCUUAUUUCCUGGAUAAGAAUGCAGACGAGCUACCGUAUUUGCAAGUACCUUUACACGUGGUGAUGAAGCUCACACCUGUUGCAUAUGGAUGCAAAGUAGAACGAAUUCGUUUGCCGAUCGACGCGGUGGACACCCAUCGACCGAAACCAAAGGUGCCAGGAAUGUUGGAAGAACGCUUCAGAAGGAAAUGUCACGAACAGCACACCUGAUAACGUUGGAAAUCUUUUAUUCCGUGCGUAGGACCAUAUUACCCUCGAAUCGUCGCGUAACGCGAGAAACAAAUGUUUUUUCCGUACCGCGUGUGUACAGAGAGAGAGUGAGAGAGAGAGAGAGAGAGAGAGAGAGAGAGAGAGAGGGAGAGAGAGAGAGAAAGAAGGAAAAAGAGCGAGAAAGGAGCAUUUCGAGCAGCAGGCUGCUCUCUGCAGGAGCUUAAAAAUGAAGAAAAAAAAAACAACUACAAUAGUGCCAAAAACAAUAAGUCUUUUCUAUACGUUUUCGUCGUAAUUACAGUAAGUAAAUAAAAUUUAGAUGAUAAAAUCUAGUUGGAUAAUUACUACCUGCGAAUGACACACAAGCUCCAUAUUUAGUCAAAUCUAAUGAAUUUGAUAUUGAAGAUGAUACGGUUCCAAAUUUCGUAUCGAUUCAAAGACGGCAAUGAUUUAUGAAAAAUAUAGCAAAAUUAUUGUAACGUGUUUGUAUACGUGUGCAAGAAAUACCAAGUUAUAAACAAUUUGGUAUUUCAUUUGGUAAACUGUGAUUUCAUGAGUCACUAGAACUAUGUGAUAGCCGUGUUCAAAGAAUGGUAUAAUGACGAUAUUUACGAAUUUAAUAGAUAAAUUUGACAAAAAUAUGAAAAUAUCGUGAGGGAAAAAGACAGAACGAUCCAGGAAAGAUGCUAAAGAAUUGAGACAAAAAGAAAUUAUCAUUGAAUUUUUUAAUUGUUGCUAAUGGAGGCUUUUCAAUUUUUAUAGACUUUGAUAAUUGGAAUUAAUCGAUCGUCUCAAGUAUGAAUGUUGAUUGAGGAGAAAGAAAGUACUUUAAAUCCGUUGAUAGGAUUUUAUACGCACGUUAUGUAUAACGAUGUAGAUAAAUUGUCGUGGUUUUUGUAUGUACGGAACAGAGAAUGUUAUUAUAUUUCCAAGGCGUUUAACAUACCGAUCUUCAUGUAAUUUAUGAGAUUAUACUUAAGAAAGUCACACAAAACUACUACUAUUGUUACCACUAUGCUGCCGAUGAGGCACAAAUUCCUAUUUAACAUAUUCAUUCGUAUCUGAAUGUAGUCGCUUCAAUGAGAAUUCUGAAUUUUUUUUCAAAUCGCUUAUGUCUCUACCUGGCUUAUCGAACCCAAUCGACCAAUCUUUUCAGAAUAAAAACUCAGUACAUGAUA